GCCAAAGACCAUCAGAAAACAUAUUUCUUAUGGUCUUAGCAAUCCAAAUCCCCCUAUUAUUUUAUGUUGGUCAUGGAGGUUCUGUGUGGGAUAUUUGGCCCAAUUCUAUCAUUGUGGGGUUCAAGGGGCUCUUUGAUUGUAGGUGAACUAUAAAUCCCAGCAACUACAACUCCCUAAUGUCAAGUUCUCUCUGUUUUUGUUGUUGUUGUUGUUGUUUUUUUUACUGGAGCCAAUGAUGGUGCUAGAAUCUCUUGCUAGCCCCCCAAAGUCAGAACAGGAGUCAUUUGAUCCCAUUCAAAUACAGCUCUGUGUAGAAGCAAUGCAAGAUGGUGACAAAGAGUCCAAUCUCUUUGACAAUGGGCCAGUGCAGGGAAGCGAACAAAUUAAGAACAGGAAUUUCAAAGACCUGAACAGCCAGGUUGAGAAAGUGGCUGAAAAACAAUAUAUGUGUAUGUACUGUGGAAUGCCUUCCAGAGCUAAGUCCAGCCUUGUGGCUCAUGAGAGAACCCACACCGGAGAGAAGCCAUACACAUGCUUGGACUGCGGCAAGUGUUUCAACCGGAAGUCAACGGUUGUGAGGCACAAAAGGAUCCACACUGGCGAAAAGCCAUACGAGUGUGCCAAAUGCAAUAGGCGUUUCAACGCCCGGUGCAACCUAACCAAUCACGAGAGGAUCCACACGGGCGAAAAGCCAUACAGCUGCUCCGGCUGUGGGCAGAGCUUCAGUCGACGGCUGCAGUUUGUCAUACACAGGAGAACCCAUACAGGAGAGACGCCAUAUAAGUGCACUCAGUGCGGAAAAUGCUUCACUCGGCGCUCUUCCCUCUUGACACAUGAGAAAAUCCAUACAGGAGAGAAGCCAAACAUGUGAACAGAUUGCGUGAAAAGCUUUAUUCAGAAAGGAUAUUUUCUUAUACACAGGAGAGAGACGGUAUAAAUGUCCAUCAUGUGAUCAAAGAUUUCUAAAUUGGAGUGAUUUGCGCAGACAUGAGAAAAUAAACAUAGGAACACAUCCCAAAGGAUGCUAGUGUUGGUGUCGUAAUCCCACUGCUAGCUACAUACCCAGAAACUAUGAUAUUUUUCUGAAAACUGAAAUGCCUAAUUUAGCUUUAUAAACAUAUCAACCUUUUCUUAUUGUUAAGGAAAAGUAAAAUGAAAGGAAAGAGCAAGUGGCAAGACACAAAGAUUCAAACAACUUUAACAUCUGCAUUAGAUAACCAGGGCUGCAGUUCACAAGACCCGUGUCAAAUAAAAUGUGUUGUAUCCAAGGUGCUACAAAGCUCUUUGUUGUUUUAGAAUCCUUCAUAUAACAUUUAAUCUAAUAUUAUAAAGUUUUGGUUGGUACAUUUUCCCACAUAAUACAGAUUCAAGAUUAAGGAAUUUCUUGAUUUAUAGCAAAAGACAAUUGUGAAGGUCAUAAUAAAAGUUUAAGAAUAGUAUGGGAAUACAAAUCAGUUUCAUAUUAAUACAGUUGGAUCCUCACAUUUGCAAGUUUAAUGGUUAUGGAUUUAAUUAUUCACAUAAUUGAUUAAUAUGACCUCUUUGGGAAUCUCUGGGUUUUCCAAUAUACCUCAGAGUACAUCUACACUGUAGAAUUAAUGCAGUCUGACACCAUUUUAACUUCCAUGGCUCACUUUUAUAGAAUGUAGGGAGUUGUUGCAUUCUGGUAGACAACACUAAAGAUCUUGAAAACCUACUACUACCAUGAUUUCAUAACUUGAGACAUGGCACCUUAAACUGCAUUGGUUCUGUAGUGUAGGCACACCCUAUUGUCACACACUAGGUCAAGAAAACCUUUUCACCCAGCAUCAAACAGUCCAGGUUCCUCCCUCGUUUCUCCGUCGGCGCUUGCUUCUUCUCCCCGGGAAUAUUCCAAUUGGUUCUCUCUCUCUCCUCCCUCCAUGUUGCUGUAGGUAGGAGCUAGAGAAAGUAGGUGAUUCAGUACAAAUUGUCGGGUUCUCUUCUCCCAGUUGUGCUGUGGGUCCGUCUCCCAAAGAAAGCACCAAGACACACGCGGGUAGACUCCAACAAGUUUUAUUGUACUGAAUACCAGAACCUUCUUUUGUGCCACAUAUAUAGGGACUCUCACAUACCAGAGGGUCAUUGAUGUUUUAUGGCCGGCCUGCUUUAUGGCUGGCAUCUGUUCUUUGUCCGCUGAGCAGAGAUGUCAAGGAUUGGAGAUCCUGACAGUUGCUAACUACAGAAGUUUAUUUACAAAAGACAAAUGCAAAAGGGAAAAAGGCAUUUCCCAAAAUGCAGUAGAAAAAGUGCCAUAAGAUAGCAAUCAUCCAGAAUACAAACAUCAGUAGUUGAAAAUGGUAAUAUCCAUGAAGAUCCAGGAUAUCGAGAUAUAGGAAAUCCAAGAGCAAGAUACAUGAAAACCAAAAUGACAAGAUACAUGAACAUCCAAGGAGUUAAGCAUAGUCAAUAAUCCAUAGCAUGAAAACAAGAACUUAAGCCAGGCAAGAAUCCAUUCAAAAACAAGCAAAGGAGAGCUGAUCAUGAAUGUGAAGUUAAAGCAGGAUUGUCUGCUCUGAAGAGCCCGUACAACCAGCAGCUAAUUUAAGCUCAAACCUGACCCAACAAACGAGAUAUUUUCUGCAUCUGUGUUUCAAGGACUGUAAGGACUGUUUCUCACACAUUCUUUCUGACCUUCUCAUUAACCUUUGGCUCUUUCUGCCUGAAGACCUAAUUUCUAAUCACAAAGUAACUCCCCAUCUAUUGAAGGCUGGGAAACUGAUUCUCAAGAGAAACGUCAUCCGGGCCUGUCUCUGCUCUAUGGCCUGCAUUUCCAUCUUUGGUUCAACCUUAGGAACAGACUCGGUGAAAAUCUUAUUCUCUGAAUCAGAAUCCCCAACAUUUCCAGCAUCUUGCUGCUGGGCCCCAAUACCUAUGUGGUCAGCCCCUGGUUGAUUGCAAGAAUUGUGCUGGAGAGCCUAGAUAUUCUUAAAGAGCUGUACUUGGGUAAUAAAAAAAUACUUUUUUUCCAAA